AUGGAUUCAAACCAGUUCAGAGAAGCAGCCGUUGCUUCCAUCGACGAGAGCGAGCGCCAUGUCGUAUCUAAGGUCGAGCCGGGAUACCUUCGAAAGCUGCUCCCAGAUGCAGCGCCCGAAGAUGGCGAGGCAUGGGCUGACAUUCAGAAAGACAUUGAGGUCAAGAUCGUGCCUGGUCUCACUCACUGGCAGUCACCCAAUUUCCUAGCUUGGUUCCCCUGCUCGUCGAGCUUCCCGGGCAUGCUGGGCGAGAUGUGGUCCGCUGCCUUCAACGGCGCGGGAUUCAACUGGAUUUGCUCUCCGGCCGUCACCGAGCUGGAGACUAUCGUUCUCGACUGGCUAGCCAGGGCUUUCGCCCUACCUGAGUGCUACCUAUCCAACGGUUCCACACACGGCGGUGGCGUCAUCCACGGCACCGCCUCCGAAGCCAUCGCCACGGUCAUGGUCGCCGCGAGGGAUAAAUAUCUCCGCGAAGCUACCUCCCACUUAGCCCCUGGCUCGGAGGAGCUCGAAGAUGCCAUCGCGCUGAAACGCAGCAAGCUCGUCGCCCUCGGCAGCACCGCUACCCACAGCGCCACUCAGAAGGCUGCCAUGAUCGCUGGCGUGCGCUUCCGCGCCGUACCCGUUCGCGCCGAGGACGGGUACAAGCUGACGGGCGAAGGGCUCCGGAAGGCCAUCACCGAGAUCCGCGCCAAGGGGCUAGAGCCCUUUUACCUUACCGUCACUUUAGGCACGACCGACACAUGUUCCAUUGACGACUUCGACUCCAUCACCGCCGUGCUAGCCGAGCUUGCUCCCCCCGGCCCAGGUGAGCUAUGGGUGCACGUCGACGCGGCAUACGCGGGCGUAGCGCUUAUCUGUCCCGAGUACCAGCACCUGUCCCAAAACCUCGACAAGUUCCACAGCUUCAACACCAAUAUGCACAAGUGGAUGCUCACCAACUUCGACUGCAGCGUGUUGUGGGUGCGCUGCCGCCGCUGGCUCAUCGAGGCCCUCGGCGUAUCGCUCGCUAUUCUGCGUAACGACUACACUGAUUCUGGACUCGUCACCGAUUACCGCGACUGGCAGAUUCCCUUUGGGCGCCGGUUCAGGAGUCUGAAGAUCUGGUUUGUGGUUCGGACUUACGGCAUCAAGGGGUUGCAGGCUCAUAUUCGGAAGCACAUCGGGUUUGGGGAGAUGUUUGCUGGGCUCGUGAAAACGAGGCAGGAUUUGUUUGAGAUUGUUACGGGUCCUAGGUUUGCGCUGACGGUCUUCAAACUUCAGGGAAAGGAGAUCGAGGGUGCCACCCUUGAGGACCAGAAUGCCGUCACCAAGACAUUGCACGAUGUUGUGAAUGCUGAGGGGAAGAUCUUCCUCUCGAGUACGGUGGUCGGUGGGGUGUUUGCUAUUCGGCAUUGUCCCAGUACGCCAUUUGUGGAGGCGGAGCAUGUGAAGCAUCAUUUUCAGGUGUUGGUUGAGGCAGCUGAAAAAGUGCUGAGUCGAACAAAUAAUACAAAGAUAUAA